CGUAGAUACUAAAUCACGAUAUUUCAUGUCGCUUAUCGGAUAGCUGGUUACUCUGGCUGCCGCAGAAGUAGGGUAGUCGCCGGCCAUCAGCAAUCCAAAUGAACUCCUACGAACACACAGCUCAGCCACAUCCACAUAGCACACUGAAAGAAAUCCAAGAAACCCAACCCGACACCGAAACUGAAUAGACGAACCAACGAGACCCUUUCCAAAGCCAAAGACAAGUCAAAAAUGGCCAAAAUGUACGGAAAGGGUAAGACUGCGAUCGAGUCGGAGGAGCAGCAGAAGCGACGCUGGCAAAUCGAGCUGGAGUUCGUGCAGUGCCUCUCUAACCCCAACUAUCUCAACUUCCUCGCACAGCGUGGAUUUUUCAAGGACCAGUCGUUCAUUAACUACUUGAAAUAUCUGCAGUACUGGAAGGAGCCGGACUAUGCGAAAUACCUCAUGUACCCAAUGUGCCUCUACUUCCUCGAUUUACUGCAGUACGAGCACUUCCGCCGUGAGAUUGUUAAUUCGCAGUGCUGCAAGUUCAUAGAUGACCAAGCCAUUCUCCAGUGGCAGCACUACACUCGCAAGCGGAUCAAACUAAUCGAGAACGCGACAGCCGCCCAGCAGCAACAACAGCAGCUACAGCAGCAGCAGAUGCAGGCUAACGGAGUAGAAGCUGCAACGGGAGGCGAGGCAGCGGCAGCCACGCCCAACGUGAAUGGAGCUGCUGGCUCGGCGGACUGCCAACAGACGGCCACUGCACUGCAGCCUGUCCAGGCUCAGGUGGGGAAUCCCCAGCAGCAGCAGCAACAAAUCAAUGGCCUUGCAACAGGGGCCAACAUCUAACUAAAAUUUUAUCAAUAAAGUAGUCUAAGAAUAUUGAA